GUACUGCUCUUCUUGCCAUUCAGGAAUGAAGUCUGCGAUAUACUCGAUAGAAAUAAGUUUCUUAAGUUGUAUGAAGACAACGAGACUGCCAUUCUCGCCAAACACAAAGAGUAUGACUGCGAGAUGAACCUGGAUCAGGUCGUGGAGGAAUAUCUUCGUCUUUCUAGUGUAGAUGACGAGCAGACGGAGGUUGCUAGCAAGAAGCGCGAUGAAUUCGUCCGCAUAAUCAGCAUGGAGCCAAAUGACGAUGACAUUCAUAACUUGCCCACUGGACCCUUGGCGGCAGUUGUCAAACAGCGCUCCAACGUUAUGUCGAAGCAGGAGUAUUGUGAGAUGGUACGUGCUACAAAUGCGGAGCAGCGUGAUUUGAUCCUGCAAGUCAUCCACAGCUUACACACCUUCGAUGAUAACAGCAAACCAUUGCAAAUUUUCUUCACUGGCCCGGCAGGCUGUGGUAAGACAUUCACAUUGCGAAUUCUUAUGGAGACAGUCAAUCGGUUCAGUCAGGCACACAACACGCAAAAUAAUGCAUAUGUAGCAUGUGCAUCGACUGGGAAGGCAGCUGUUGCGAUCGGUGGAACAACCGUUCACUCUGCGUUUCGGAUCACCAUGUCCCGCAGGCAAAGCUCAAAGCUGAGUUUUGAGGCGUUGCAACUGUAUCGCAAUGCUUUUGCAAACGUGAAAGCCAUCAUCAUCGAUGAAACCAGCAUGCUUGGUGCUAAUGUUCUCAACACCGUACACGUCCGGCUCCAGGAAAUCACAGGGAACUAUGAUGAUCCAUUCGGUGGAAUGCGAAUUGUAUUUUGCGGUGAUCUUCGGCAGUUACCUCCAGUGAAUGCACGGCCAGUAUUCAAACCAAGUGCGAAUUCAAUGCACGGUGCCGUUUUAUGGCAAUCCCUCGAUUUCUACCCAUUGGUUCAGGUUAUGCGGCAAACAAACGUACAGUUUUCUACAAUCCUUACCAAAAUCGGUAACGGCGAACAGUUGUCCCCGGAAGAAAUCAGCCUAAUCGAAAGCAGAUUCCGUACACCAGAGUGGUGUCAGCAGCAUGUACCGCGUGCAAUUCGCUUAUUCCAUCGAAAUGUCGACGUGGAAUGCUACAAUUCCGUCGCAUUGAUCGAUCGAGAGACAAUCGAAUGUACGGCAGAUGAUGUAUAUUCAGGGUAUAAGGACAAUCCCCAGCUGGCAAGUGCUCGAACAAAGGUGCAUAAGAUGAGCGUAGUGGAGACUGGUUGCCUGCCCUAUUUACUGCGGCUUGCGGUGGGUACACCGUACAUGUUAACCACCAAUGUCGAUGUUGAAGAUGGAAUCGUCAAUGGCGCGAUUGGGGAGCUUAUGUUUGUCGAGCGUAACGAAGAUGAUCCUCUGCAGCAGAUCAUGAGGCUUUGGAUGAUGUUCGAGAAUAACUCCAUUGGGAAGACGUUGAGAGUGAAGGCCAGACCGAUGGUGUACUCAAAGCCCGGUGUUUUAAAAUCUGAGUGGACCCCCAUCGCCAGGAGAUCAGCAAACAUCAGCCUUAACGGUGGAGUUAAGUGCAAGAGAAUUCAAUUUCCGGUGGUGAGUGCAUGUGCCCUUACGGUACACAAGUCCCAAGGAGGCACGUUUGCAGAAGUUGUUUAUAAUUAUGAGAAAAGCCAGGAGCAACAACUGGUUUACGUUGGCCUUUCCAGGGUUACUUCCAUCGAAGGACUAUACUUGACGAACUCUAGCAAUGUUUUCAAGUUCCACCACGGAAAAAGCGCUACAACGCCGAGAAUUCGCGAUCUUCGAACAGAGCUUGAGCGUUUGAGCAAUCACCGUUUGCGCACCAUCGGAGAGGAUGUCAUGGAAGCCAUAAUGUUAAAGAGAUCAGCUUGUAUGCUGAUGAGUAUAAAUGUACAAAGCCUGAAUGCACACGCAUCAGAUAUUGCAACAGAUCGUGUUCUCUCCACCGUUGAUUUGCUUGCGUUGAGUGAAACUUGGCAAGACAACUGCACAAGCACAUCUAUAGCUGGAUUCGACUGCAUCACUCAAGAAAAACGUGACGGUACAAGAGCUGGAGGGGUAGCCAUCUUUCAGAACACUGCUGCAUCUACCAUGGCCGUUUCUCACGUCAUUGAUAAACUCAGUGCCAGCUACGAUGAGCUGUUGGAUGGAGCAGACGAGUACGGUGACAUCUGCGCUGUAGAAAUUUCAGUCAUGGGAGCUCGCACGAUGCUGUUUUCGUUGUAUAUUUCACCAGGUACUACUCUUAAGCAAAAGAAAUAUUUCUUAGCGCGUAACCUGGUAAUGUACAAUCGUGUCACAAUGCCCAUUGUUAUAACUGGGGAUUUCAACGUCGAUGUGUCGAAGCCUGAAAACUUUGAGUUUAUCGACUUCAUGAAAACGUACCUUUAUCUCGAUUUAGCCUCAGAUCGAAGUCAAGCCACUACUUUCGGUGGGUCGUGUCUAGAUCUUACCUUCAUUCGGAGCAUUCGGGUAGAAUGUAUAAGAUACUGUGCGUAUUUUUCAUACCACAGACCGAUACUCUCAGUGCUUGAGAUUUAACCACAGUAAGUGCAUUUUUAUAAACUGUGAUUCACCAUUACCAUAUAGCUAUUUCUUCCAGGACACGAAAGCGAUAACCACAUUUUUAUCAUUCCACAGUACAACCAAAAUCAAUAAUUUGGUAAAUAU